AUGGCUGUGAGCACGUUCGACAUCGAUGCACCACGGUGGGAUCAGUCCACAUUUAUGGGCCGACUGAAACACUUCUUCAACAUUACUGAUUGCACGACAGCACUACUGCCCGACUCGCGCUUGGACGAGGCCAAACUAUUAGUAGAGAGCUGCAGGGCCGGAUCGAUCCCUCCCGGCACCACAGAGGAGCAGCUCCACUACGCUAAGAAGCUGUACGACUCGGCCUUCCACCCGGACACGGGAGAUCGUAUGAACCUCAUUGGACGCAUGUCGUUCCAGGUCCCGGGAGGCAUGGCCAUCACCGGCGCCAUGCUGCAGUUCUACAGGACAGUUCCUGCUGUGGUGUUCUGGCAAUGGGUGAAUCAGUCCUUCAAUGCCCUGGUCAACUACACCAACCGCAACGCCGCCUCGCCCAUCACCCCCAAGCAGAUCGGAGUCGCCUACGUCACGGCGACCGGCACGGCUCUCGCAACAGCGGUGGGACUCAACCUGUACACCAAGAAAGCCCCUCCUCUGGUGGCUCGCUGGGUCCCGUUUGCAGCUGUGGCGGCGGCCAACUGUGUUAACAUUCCUAUGAUGAGGCAGCAGGAAAUCCUGAAUGGCAUUGCAGUCACAGAUGAGAAUGGCAACAAGCUGGGACACUCUAAGAAAGCAGCAAGAAAAGGCAUCACACAAGUGGUCAUCUCUCGGAUCACCAUGGCAGCACCAGGAAUGAUCAUCCUCCCCAUCAUCAUGCAGAGGCUGGAAAAGUACAAGUUCAUGCAGAGGAUCACGUAUCUUCACGGCCCAAUCCAAGUGAUGAUGGUGGGAGUGUUUCUGGUCUUCAUGGUGCCUGCCGCCUGCUCCCUGUUCCCUCAGAGAUGCUCCAUGGCUGUGUCGAAGCUGGAGCCUGAGCUGAGAGACUCGAUCAUGUCUCGUUACGGCGAGAGCGUGCAACAUGUCUACUUCAACAAAGGCCUCUGAGGCUGAGAGGCCUGAUUAGCAUUAUCACCACAACACAUGGUACAGAAUUUAUCUAUGCUAUAAUGUAAAUUGUCUUUAUUUUCUAAUUGUGGUGGAUGGGCGAAAUACCUUUGUGUCUUUUUUUUAUUUUUAAAUCAGUUUUAAUGGAGACUUCCUAUGGGACAUUUGAUUCAUGUUAGGCUUAUCAUGUUUUUAUCAGAUCUAGCUGUCGGUCGCUGACUUUGACCAACCAAGUGAUUCCCGUCUGUGUUCCUUUUUUUUUUUUUUUUUUUUUUUUUAAAGUGUUGCAGAUACAAGGGGCACUGUGUGCUCCUGCAGAGAAACCAAAUGAUCUCAUCUCAGGAACAGCACGUUACUUUGCCAGAUUAAUUCAGUUUGCUGUAAUAGUUUGUCCUUCGUGGUGUGACUCGCCUGUAGUCCCGCUCAUUGGCUGCUGUUAGUGAAGUGUCUCAGUGUUAUAAAAUGCUCUUAAUACAGUAUGUCGCUGUUCUGGCCUGCCAGAUGCCCUUAAAUCAGUGCCUUUCUGCGCAGUGACAGAAGCAGUGUUGCUGCUGGUGCUACAUUUUGUGUUUUAAACAGAUGUUGGUUUAACUGUGAAGCCAGAUGCACGGGUUUGUAUGACGUGAGUUUAGGCAAACAGAACCGUCAAUCCUUAACCCUCUUAAGUAGUGAUGUGUGUCAGAAAAGUCAGAUGUGGACUAUUUGGAUAAAAGGUGGAGGGACACUGCCCUCUUCAGUCAGACCAGAGGCAGAGAUAUGACAAGGUUGCAUGAUUUUUUUUUUUUUUUUUUAAAUAAUCAGAUCGGUUUUGGAUCAUUUCACUGUAAACUCAGACUUGUGCCACAGUCCUCAGUGGUUUAAGCUGGAAUUAAAAAGAACAUGUGAAACACAAA